AAAGCGAACUGUUUUUCACAAUCCAACAAUCAGUUCUGUUUUCUUCUCUCUUUAGAUACACGUGACAUAAAGAUGUCGUUUAUUAAAGAGGAGAGUGAAGACAUUAGGAUUGUAGAAGUGUUGAACAUCAAACAUGAAGAUACCGAGGAACAAAAAGAAAUUCAGCUGGAUUAUUCCCAUCAGUUUACAAGUGAAGACGAGCAUCAAAGCUUCAGGAAUAAAUCUGUAAAGACUGAGUUUAUUAAAGAGGAAAGAGAGGAGAUGGGAGAUCCAGAACCCUGCGGAAUCAAACACACUGAAGAUACUGAAGAACUAACAGAGUUAAUUGAAGAAAAUGAGGACAAUGAAGAAUUGAGAGAGCACUUCAAAGUUGAGGGAAAAAAUCAAUUCAAAACUGAAGAAGAACCUUUGAAGUGCUUUCAAAGCAAACAGCUCAUAUUAAAGAAAACAGGAGCCAAGAAAUCUUUCACCUGCACUCAGUGUGGAAAGAGAUUGACAUGCAAAUAUAAUCUUGAUGUUCACAUGAGACUUCAUACCGGAGAGAAACCAUACAAGUGUUCACUCUGUGAGAAGAGUUUCAGUCGAUCAGAUCACCUGAAAAGACAUGAGAUAAAUCACUCUGAAAAGAAACCAUACAAGUGUUCACACUGUGACAAGAGAUUCAGUCGAUCAGAUCGCCUAAAAAAACAUGAUAUAAUUCACUCUGGAGAGAAGCUAUACAAGUGUUCACACUGUGACAAGAGAUUCAGUCAGUCAGAUCACCUAAAAAAACAUGAGAUGAAACACUCUGAAAAGAAACCGUACACAUGUGAUCAGUGCGGGAAGAGUUUCUCACAAUCAGCUAAACUUAUGCAUCAUAUGAACAUCCACACUAGAGAAAAACCAUUCACUUGUAUUCAGUGCGGGAAGAGUUUCUCAAAAUCAUCAAAACUUAAGCAUCAUAUGAACAUCCACACUGGAGAGAAACCUUACACGUGUGAUCAAUGUGGGAAGAGUUUCUCACAAUCAUCAAAACUUAAGGAGCAUGUGAACAUCCACACCAGAGAGAAGCUGUAUUCAUGUGGUCAGUGCGGAAAAACAUUUUUGUGGGCUACAAACCUGACUACACACCUAAAAGUUCAUUCGAAGGAGAAACCACAUUUGUGUUAUUUGUGUGGAAAGAGUUUUUCAUUAUUACAAAGUUUAAAAUUGCAUCAGAAAAUACAUGCUGGUGUGAGAGAGUAUGUGUGCUAUGGGUGUGAGAAGACCUAUACUUCAGCGAAGUGUUUAAAAAAGCAUGAGAGGAUUCACACUGGAGAGAAACCUUACAAGUGUUCACACUGUGACAAGAGAUUCAGUGUGUCAUCAAGUCUGAAAACACAUGAAAGGAUUCACACUGGAGAGAAACCUUUCAAGUGUUCGUACUGUAACAUGGGAUUCAGUAUGUCAUCAAGUCUGAAAACACAUGAGAGGAUUCACACUGGAGAGAAACCUUACAAGUGUUCACACUGUGACAAGACAUUCAGUCAGUCAGCAAAUCUGAAAAAACACGAGAGGAUUCACACUGGAGAGAAACCUUACAAGUGUUCACACUGUGACAUGAGAUUCAGUGUGUCAUCAAGUCUGAAAACACAUGAAAGGAUUCACACUGGAGAGAAACCCUACAAGUGUUCACACUGUGAUAAGAGAUUCAAUCAUUCAGUAAGUCUGAAAACACAUGAGAAGAUCCACACUGGAGUGAAUCAAUGUAACUGAACUGUAUCUGGGAAGUGUUUCAAUAAUUCAUCUUCUGUACACAGUCAUACAAAAAACAAUCACAGUAAGUAGAUCAUCU